AUGGCUCAGCCUUCCUUUCUCCUCGAACACCAUUUCGAUGGCAUGGAGACCAAGCUCAUGCGAGAACUUGCCCAACAUGACAUUGAGUACAAGUCCUCAGCAGCCUGGCAAGCCUACUUGAACCGAAUGUUCCCACGGCCUUGGCAGCUGCUUUGCGAACAAGCCCCCGACGAUGAAAGCCGGAGGAGGGUGGAUUUCAAAAUCAUCCUAUAUGACCAAGACAACGACACCAUCUCUCCUGUCGCCAUUGGUGAAGUCAAGCGUCCUGGAGGAUCAAUUCGAGAGGUUGAAAAGCAGGGGCUUGAGGUGGCAAUGCGUGCCAUCAACUCGCAUUGUUUGUCUGGCAUCUACGUUCUUACUGUGUGGGGUCUCAAAUUCCGAGCCUGGUAUGCGACCAGCAGCGAGCAGUCGCUCAUGCCACUGUUUGGAUCCGCCCCAAGAGACAAGAAUGAGUACAUUGACAUGACUUCUCCGAGCGGAGUCUUCGAGUUGGAGAGAACCAUCCACCUGAUCAAAGACGAGCCUCCAUUACGGCAAGCACCCGUGGUGCCCAGCCAGCAAGACGAGAUGGGCCAGAUGAUAGAGGCAGGGACUUUCUACUCAGAGGAAGGCGGUAGUCAGGUCAACCCAAUGUACCCAUGGGGGCAACAGCCCUCCGUGGACUAUCAGACAACCCAGAUCCCGCGGAUGGAGCCUAGUGCUGGACAUCCGAGAGACGCGGCCUCGUGGAUGCCAUCUCAAGAACCGUAUCCCCAAGAGGACAUGUCCAUCGAUGACCCAGAAGAGGCUAACGAGGGUUCAGGGGCAGAGGGUAACAGCGGGGGAAAGGGCAAGGAGAAACGUAGCACGAAGGAGAGGAGAGAAGUGAAGGUGGAACUGGUAAAGCACAGGAUGAGUAAAGACGAAUAUGUUUUUCGGGGCGCAGACGGAAGCAAGAGGACCACUCAAAGGUCUGAUUGGAAGCAGAAGAAACGUGACGUCAAGCCCAACGGCAAGAGAUCAGGCCAGUUUCAAUACCGGUCUCGCGCAGACCCCCGUUCUCAGGCUCGGGGUGGACUUACUACCUACAAAUCAUGUGCCGGCCAUUGUGUCCACAAUGACGGCAAGGAUGUCGGCUGCCAUUUUUCCUGCCUCAGGAUCCCCGAGGCCGCACAGAUCUAUCAUCUGCUCAUGGCCAAUACUUAUUCAUUCGAGCCCGACCCCCUUCAAGAGAGAACACGAUGCCUUCGGGCACAGAAAGAGCUUGCGUCAGAGCUUCAGAACACUCUACCUUUCCCGAUGGAGCUGAGAGCACGUAUAGCUCAAGAACUCGUUAGAGAAUACAUCGUGGCGAAGAACAGCUCCCUACUCGGCUGCUCGACUUUCAAGCCUUCCACCAUUACGAUUGCAUCGGAAAUCACCGAGACCUACACCGCUUUUGAAGGAGAGCAGUACAUCAGCUCACUGGCCAACGACCCCUCUUCCUGCGAUACCUAUGUUCCACCCAAAGUCAUCUACAUAGGCGAAGACCAUCUGGGUAUUAGGAAAUUGGUAUUUUCUAGGUCUAGGACUAACCCUGAUGUUGACUACGUGCCGGGUAUAUGGUGGAAGCCAUUGCUUGUCAGAGAGUCUGGCACGGUCGAGUUCGCGAGUGAUGUAAGAGGUCUCAACAUUGGUGUCAAGUCCAGCCCCAACCAGUCAGUUUGGGUCUACAUGCCUCUGGAACCGAACGAGCGCGUUACAAGGGUCUGGAUGCGAGCCCGUCAUUGCCUAGACAGAGAUGCAGCUCUGGCAUUUGAGACAAAUCGAGGGCACACCAAGUUAUUCGGAGCUCAGCCAACUCCGGUUCUAUCCGCUUGCCAAUGGGUCCUUCUCGACACACCGCUAGGAUCGCCCGGUCACUUUUUCUUCGACAACCAUCCAUAUGGCACCCGCCAGAUAUCGCUAGACACUCUACCUCCCAAGCAGACCUCAGGCUUCGCCCCCCCGGCGGCUUCUUCCGACUACCCGAAGCUGCACAGCACUGAUGACUUUCUUUGGUCUCGCGCUUCUGUCGAGAAUGUGGUUGCAGUGAGACCAUGCCGCCGCCAAACGGGAGACCUUAUGGAGAUUCUAGGAUUACUAUUAUACUACUCGGAUGGCAAACAGGCGCCUAUCGGUCAAGUCCGCUUUGACUACCUUGAUCAGCCAAUCUUGACAGACGGUUGUCCGCUGAUAUAUCUCGGAUUUGAAAAGACCAAACCAAAAGGCCCAUUUGUUUCUCGGCUUGAAACUGCUGCCCAUAACUUGGAUAAUAAGGUUAGCAUGUGGUUUGAGGUCUUUUUGAAGGGUGCUCUAGAAUGGUGGCUAUCUUAUCGACAGUGCCAGGUGUGCCAAGAUGGCCGUCGAAGCAUGCCUGUGAGGAUAUGA